AUGGAACGACUUAUUGAAACCGUACGCAAAUAUCCUUGUCUAUGGAAAUUGGACUCUGAAGAAUAUAAACUGAAUGAUUUUAAGGAAGCAGCGUGGAUAGAGGUGGCAAAAGAAUGGAAUCUUCUCAGAAAACAUCCUCAAGAAUAUAAUUUAUUCUCGAAAGAAGACUCCGCGAAGAAGAGUACCGGCGAAAUAUCACAGCCGGGAACAUCUUUACAAAUGGUAAAAAGAGAAUUCAAACAAACUUUUUUUAAAGAAUACAUGGAAAAAGCUAAAAUGUGGGAUAAUACAAACCCCAAAUCAAUGAAAAUUGAUUAUUUGGUUGCUGAAAUGUUAGCUUUAUCAGAUUUACCUUUUCAACACGUUGAAGAAUUAGGGUUCCGACGAUUAAUUGACCAUAUUGUUCCAAAUUACGUUCUUAAAGGCAGAAAAUAUUUUACAGACCUUGUUUGCAGCGAACUUUACGACAAAGUAUCAUCAAAAAUAAAAAACAUGUUACAAGAUUUUGAGAAAGUUUCCUUCACAUCAGAUAUCUGGUCAGACUCUUCAUCAGGAGUUUCGUUGCUAUCUUUAACGUGUCAUGGCAUUACCAAAGAUUUUCAACGAAAAAAUAUCGUUUUGAAAGCGCAAGUUCUUGAAGAACGACACACGGGAGCUUAUAUUUCGGAAACAUUUAAAACUAUGUUGGAAGAAUGGGGAAUUCUGAAACAAAAUGUGCACUGUAUGGUAAGAGAUGGGGGAUCGAAUAUGAAGCGUGCCUGUUUUUUAUCUGAAAUAAAUAAUAUCGACUGUACAGCACAUCAGUUACAUUUGGUGGUUAAAGAAGCUAUUAAUAAAGUUGAUAGAAUUUUCAUGUUACUUGCAAAAUGUAGAAAAAUUGCAGGACAUUUCAACCAUUCUACUAUGGCAAAGCAAGAAUUACAAAAAAUACAAGUUCGACUCAAUGAAAAAAAAUUAAAAGUUUUGCAGGACUCACCAACACGCUGGAAUUCCAGCUAUUACAUGUUAGAAAGAUUUGAUUGCAUCAAGGAUUCGUUGUCACUUUAUGCUUCUAAUAAUAAAAUGGAACAAUUCGAUGCUGAGGACUGGAUUUUAAUUCAAGAAUUAGUAAAAGUUCUGAAACCUCUGGAAGACACUACAAAAAAAUUAAGCCCACAAAACACAUGUAUAUCUGACGUUAUUCCUCUAGUACGAGCAUUAAAUAAAAUCUACGACGAGAUCCAGAUAAGUCUCAAUGUCAGUGCAUCCACCGUUCUUGAUUUUGUGUCUGCUUUGAAGAACGGAUUAGGUAAUCGUUUUUCUGAAAUUGAUAAAAAAUCAUUGUUUCAAGUCGCCACAUUUUUAGACCCACGGUACAAAGGUAAAUUCUUCAGUGAUAUUCUCAUAAAAGAAAUAAAGGCGAAAUUGCUAACAGAUUUAGAAAUUGAAGUAAAUCAAACAGUAACUACAAGAAGUACUGAAGAUAAACCCAUUACUAUUAGAAAAGAACACUGCCAGAAUCUAGAAGAAUCUAUUGCUAAAAUGUUAGACAGCGAUGAUGAGGAUGAGCAAUCUGAAAAUCAAAUAUCAAUUACGCAAGCUAAUUUGCUAAUAGAAUAUAUGUCAGAAAAAAGAUUACCAAGAGAUCAAGACCAGCUGAAGUAUUGGCAGACAAACAGUAAAAAGUUCAGAGGUCUCAGUCACAUUGCUCGCACAUACUUAUCAUCACCUGCCACAAGCGUUCCAAGUGAACAAUUUUUCAGUGCAGCAGGAAUUGUUUACGAUCCUCUUCGUAACAGACUUUCGGGGGACAAAGCUGCCAAGUUACUCUUUCUGAAGUACAACUUACCGAUACUCAACUUUAAUUAUGACUAUUAUUUUUUUUCAGUUACUAUAAUUGUUACUGUUUUUAUUUUAAGCUAA